CAUUCAGAACAAUUUAAUAAUUUUCUCUGCUGUGAUGGGUGAUUUAGAAGAUUUGAAGUUUGAUUAUCACUAUAAGAAAGUGUUUGAUGUAGCAUUACCGAGUGGGAUAAUGAAAAGAUAUUUUAGUGUAUGGUUUGUUUGGAAGACAUUGAACUUGUCACGGCGGAACUGGCUUUUAAUGUUUUUAUUGUUUAAUAAUUUUCUUCUACUCCUUUGAUCGCUGAUUAUUGGGUGUUAGUUAAUGCUAGUAAUAUAUACCCUUUGAUAAAACAGUUGAGUGAUUAUAUUGAUUUUAAUGAAUCUGUUGGUGAUAAUUUUUCAUGUGAAACAGGCUUUAGAUCUUCAACUCUUGCUGCUAGUUACUUUACUUUGAAAGUUUCAAGUUUGAAUAUUUGCUGGGAAAGAAAAAAGAAGGGAAAUUAUCAGGAAAAAUUCACAAAGCUAUUGUGACUGCGAUAGAAUUAUCAUUUGAAAGAGGUAAUUAUAAUUUUUUUUAUAUUUUCUUUUAGAAUACUAUUUAAGCAAGAUGGUCUAAACAAGAGAGAGAGAGCAGUCAUGUCAAUCGAUAAGUCAUGGAUUGGAAAACCACGAAACACGCAUGAGUAUAAAGAUGGUCUAAACAAGUUUUUGGAUUUUGCUUUUGAGCAUCGAUCUCUCGGGGUCGUUAGAUUAAAUGCCCUUGUCCAGUGCGUGGUUUUGGCAAGUGGCAAACGAGAGAGAAAGUUUUUGAACAUUUAAUAGUCAAGCCAUUUCCAGAAAACUACAAAGUUUGGUAUUGGCAUGGUGAAGAAGCAGUUGGAGUUGGGUCACAAGCUCAUCAAACUAGUCAUAUUGUACAAGAUGAUUCGACAUCUCAACAUCCAAUGAUGAACUGCAAACUGAAGCAGAAGGAAGAACUGAUUGUGUCUUUGAAGAGUACCUACGAAUUGAAUUUACUGGAGGAACGGGAGGAACAAACUAAGCAACUUGGGAAAGCAAAGGAGGAGCAGCAAGCUUUGAUAAGUAAAGUUAGUUCUGCAGAAAGUACCGUCAUCCGGUUGGAACAAGAGGUAAAGGGUGAGAAAAAAUUGGUUGAGGAGCUGAAGCUUCAAAUUGACAGCCUUGAAAAUAUUGAUACGCUCCAAACAAAAUAGAAUUCCCUAAACAAGAGAGAGACAACAGUACAGACGCCAGACGCAGUUGAGAGUUGAGAAACACCAACUCUAACUAGCCAACCCUGCAUUUCUUCUCUGAAUCCCCAGAUGAGAAGCAGCAGCAGAAUACUUGUAAAGCUCCUCAAACGACAUUCACACACUGCCACGUUAUCAUCACGAUUCUCCACUCCCCCUCCCCACGAAGUUGUCGAACCCUUCUAUGACCUCUCAGACGUCGUCGUUUCAGCCUCCCGUGACCCUCCUUCCCCAUCCCCAUGGCUCCCCCAAAUCGUCUCCCUCCUCGACGAUUCCCCUUCCAUGGAAUCCAACCUCACCUCCUUCUGCAACAAAUUCCUCAUCACUCUCUCCCCCAACUUUGUCUCCCAUACCGUCCGCUCCCUCACCAACCAACCCCACCUCGCCACGCGCUUCUUCCACUGGGCUCACUCUCAACCUAACUAUUCCCGCUCCCUCCAUUCCUACGUCUCUCUCAUCGAAACCCUCUCCUUUUCUUCAUCGUUUGAUUCAACUAUUUUCCAAAACAUUCUAGAAGAAUUCAAGUGCCGAAAGUUUAAAUUAACUGCUGCCGCCGUUAAUUCCUUGCUCAGGAGCUUUGCUGCGGUUGGCAUGGUGGAGGAGCUGUUGUGGAUGUGGCGGAAGAUGAAGGAGGAUGGCCUUGAGCCGAGUUUGUAUAAUUUCAAUUCGUUGAUGAACGGAUUGGUUAAUGCCGGUAUGGUGGAAUCGGCGGUUAAGGUUUUCGAGGCGAUGAGGGAGGUUAAUGUGAGACCGGAUUUGGUUAGUUACAAUACGGUUAUUAAAGGGUAUUGUAAGGUUGGGAAAACUAGGAAGGCCUUGGAGAUGAUUAGGGAGAUGGAGGCUGGGGAUGAUGGUGGUAAUGUGGGGCCGGAUAAGGUUAGUUACAUGACGGCUAUGCAGGCGUGUUAUGGCGAAGGGGAUGUGGAUUGUUGUGUGAGGCUUUACCAUGAGAUGAAGGAGAAGGGGUUGGUGGUUCCUCCAUAUGCUUAUAGUUUGGUGGUGUGUGGGCUUUGCAGGCAAGGGAAGGUUGUUGAGGGUCUCAAUGUAUUUGAAGAGAUGAGAAGGAAUAGUUGCGGAGCCAAUAAGGCGGUGUACACGGCGUUGAUUGAUGGUUAUGCGAAGACUGGGAAUGUUGACGGAGCGAUGAGGUUGUUUGAGAGGAUGAGACAGGAGGGGAUUAAACCGGAUGAAGUUACUUAUGGGGCGAUUGUUAAUGGUUUGUGUAAGGGUGGGAGAGUGGAGGAAGCUUUGGGUUAUUUAGAGUUUUGUAAAGAGAAUGGUGUCGCGGUGAAUGCGUUAUUUUACUCGAGUUUGAUUGAUGGCCUUGGGAAGGCUGGGAGAGUUGAUGAAGCUGAGAAGUUGUUUUAUGAGAUGGUUGAUAACGCGUGCCCCCCGGAUUCUUAUUGCUAUAAUGCACUUAUCGAUGGAUGGUGUAAAGGUGGGAGGAUUGAUGAAGCAUUAACACUGUUUAAACGGAUGGAGGAGGAAGGUUGCGAGCAGACUGUGUAUACGUAUACCAUACUUAUCAGUGAGCUUUUUAAAGUGCACAGGAAUGAAGAGGCAUUGAAAUUAUGGGACAUGAUGAUAGAUAAGGGCAUAACACCAAAUGUUGCUUGUUUUAGGUCUCUUUCAAUCGGACUCUGUCUUUCGGGCAAGGUAGCGAGAGCUUGUAAGAUUUUGGAUGAGCUGGCACCUAUGGGGAUUGUUCUUGAAACAGCUUAUGAAGACAUGAUUAACGUGUUGUGCAAAGCUGGCCGAGUGAAGGAAGCCUGCAAGUUAGCUGACGGGAUUGUGGACAGAGGUAGAGAAAUUCCUGGAAAAAUUAGAACAUUGAUGAUGCAUAGCAAGAUUGGUAUUGGGUAUGACCGGAUGCGUAGUGUUAAAAAGAGAGUGAAGUUCCGAACCCUUAUUGACAGCUGACUCUGUUUUUCGCCAGGUAUUGCACCUUCAAAAUUGACAAAGGUCAAAGCUUGUAUAUGUAUGGAAGUAUAGUCAUGCCUGGUUGUUGUGUUGUUAGUGAACUUAACCGUUUGUUGAUACUGGGAACUAUUAUUAAUUGACUGGGUUGAGAUGGUUAAAUUCACGAUCUAAUAUUUCAUGUUCAACCAAGGCGAUUCAUAUAACAUGAGUCUUGGUUACAUCUCUUCAUGUACAAGAACCUUGGUUAGUAACUUUUACAAGAUUAGAAUGUCAGUAGUUGUGGCGACCGGCAACCUAUUUGUCACCACUGCUGCAGGUUUUGCUGUAUCA